UUUUUUUUUUUUAAACAAAAAAAAACAAAAAGAGCAGCUCGCUGAGAGUCGGAAUUACACUCUGGGAUAGACUUCGGGGACUCGCCGUUAACACUCUGCCUGUUUAGUAUUCGUAGUAUUAGUAUUCCUCUUCCGCAGUGAUGUCGACAGCAGCUGCAGCGGCGGUGUGUGGCCCUGCUGCUGCCGGCGGCGGCGGCCCCAAUGCCGGAUCCGGAGCUGAGCUGGUCCGCGGGCAGGCCUUCGACGUCGGGCCACGGUACACCAACCUGUCGUAUAUCGGCGAAGGCGCUUACGGGAUGGUCUGUUCAGCGUACGAUCGGGACAACAAAGUGCGCGUGGCCAUAAAGAAGAUCAGCCCCUUUGAGCACCAGACGUACUGCCAGCGCACUCUCCGCGAGAUAAAGAUCCUGCUGCGCUUCAAACACGAGAACAUCAUCGGCAUCAACGACAUCAUCCGCGCGCCCUCCAUCGACCAGAUGAAAGACGUCUACAUCGUGCAGGACCUGAUGGAGACCGAUCUGUACAAGCUGCUGAAGACGCAGCACCUCAGCAACGAUCACAUCUGCUACUUCCUGUACCAGAUCCUGCGUGGCCUGAAGUACAUCCACUCGGCCAAUGUGCUCCACAGAGACCUGAAACCCUCCAACUUGCUGCUCAACACCACCUGCGACCUCAAGAUUUGCGAUUUUGGGCUCGCACGUGUAGCCGACCCGGACCACGACCACACCGGGUUCCUCACAGAGUAUGUAGCCACGCGCUGGUACCGAGCCCCAGAGAUCAUGCUCAACUCCAAGGGUUACACCAAGUCUAUUGAUAUCUGGUCAGUGGGCUGCAUUCUGGCUGAAAUGCUCUCUAACAGACCCAUCUUUCCUGGAAAGCACUACCUGGACCAGCUCAAUCAUAUUUUGGGUAUUCUCGGCUCUCCCUCACAAGAAGACCUGAAUUGCAUCAUCAACAUAAAGGCCAGAAACUACCUGCUCUCGCUGCCGCUGCGCUGCAAAGUGCCCUGGAACCGCCUUUUCCCCAACGCCGACCCCAAAGCCUUGGAUCUGUUGGAUAAGAUGCUGACCUUUAACCCUCACAAGAGGAUCGAGGUGGAGCAGGCCCUGGCGCACCCAUACCUGGAACAGUACUACGACCCAACUGAUGAGCCUGUCGCUGAGGCUCCGUUUAAAUUCGACAUGGAGCUCGACGACUUGCCCAAAGAGACCCUCAAGGCGCUCAUCUUUGAAGAAACGGCACGCUUCCAACCAGGCUACAGACCAUAACCCACUUCACACCUACUACAUCUCCAAACAAAAUGUCACUCUUUGCAUAUUAUUCUUCAGUUUUGAGUCCACUUAUAUAUUUUUUUCUCUUCCUCGAUCAGAAUUGUUCUGUCUCUUCUCCUUUGCUUUCUUUCCGUCUUCAUCCUCAUCUAUCCUCUUUCCUCUGUCUGCUCUAAGAUUUCAGUUCAAACAAGGGUGUGUGUGUGUGUGUAUACAGUAUGAGUGUGUAUGAGUAUAAACUACGGAGUGCAGACUGACUGGAAUAUCGUCGAGGGUCGGCUCCUUUCGACAAAACUCUUUUUAUGCUUCAGUAAAAAAAAAGCCUGUGAUCAUGUAACUGCUGUGUUUAAUGAUUUAUUAUUAUUAUUAUUUUUUUUAAAGAGCUUCUCGUCAGUCUCACUCCCGCUUUCCUGCAAAGCAUCCGUAAAGCCAUUUUCAAGUCGAGGCCAAAUUUGGAGGUGGAAAGAGGAAGAAAAAAAAAAAAAAAACACCACAGUUGAGUUUGCCAAGGUGCCGUAUGUGUGUAAGGCUUUUAAUUAAAACUUCUUGCCACGUGCCCCUUAAAUAAUACGAUAAUAUACUAAUAGGUUUGUUUUUAUAUCGCGCUACAGAUUUAAUAUAGCGUAAUAUACAUUGCGUAAACAAAGUUCAAAUCGAUUGCUUUUUUGAAAAAUAAAUACAUAAGGAGCUCAAGCACCAAAGACAAUAGGGUUAUUUGGGCACCUUGAGGGGGAAAAAAUACAAACUUUUAUUUCUUGUAUUUUUUUUUUUUCUUUUUCAGGGGGUGUAGAUGUAGAGGUAGAUUCUGAGGUGAAGAUGAGGAGCUCUAAAUUUUGUCAGCACACCGAGGGUUAUGAUGGAGGGAGGAGGGAGGUGUCAAAUAAUCACAUGGGGUAUUUUGUGGCCAUUGAGUUGCCACAAAAUAAAAGAAAGGAAAAAAAAAGGUUGAGCUAAAAAGUAGUGCCUCGUUGUUGUUUUUUUUCCCGUGUAUCUCUGUGGAUCUUUUUGCUUUUCGUUUCCAGUGUGUCUCUGCUCUUUCUCUCUCUCUCUCUCUCUCUCUCUCUCUCUCUCUCUUGCCUUCUCUUCUCAAUAAGACUGUGUCCUUGCAUGACUGUUAAAAAAAAAAAAAAAAAAAAGGAAAAAAAUAUAUAAAAAAGCUUUCUAUACAAAGAACAUGGAGGUGCCGCACUGCUGGGGAUUCCACGUCGGGACUCUCAGGUCUUUUUCUUUCUUCCUUUCUUUGUUCUUAUAUUCCUGCAAUCUUUUCUAUUUUCGUUAUUAUUCUUAAUUUUAAUAUUUCCGAUCUUUUGGGGGGGGUUUUCCCUUCCUACAACUCUUUCAACCUUGUAGAAUAUUUGAGAGAGUAGAUUUUCUAAGAAACGUUCUCGGUCGGGUUAACACGGAGAAAGACAACAGUGUGAAGUCGACCGGCGACUCGUCUAGCCGUCGGGACGUUCACUACACAGGAAACCUCACGUUCUACUCAGCGCCAAUCUAAGCCACGCUUUUUUUCUUCUUCUUUUUUUUUUUUUUUUACCCCCCACCCAACCCCUAUGCUUUCGAUCAGAUCAGAUCAGAUCUGACAGCGUCAUACCUUAAAGAGCAAUCUAGCACUUACGGAGCGAAAAAACGAAACCAGGCUAGAGAAGGAGAAUCAGUCCGCUCUUUGUUUUCACACUGCUCUUGCCUAACUUUAUAUCCAGCAUGGUGCCACAGUGGCUUGACCCCAGCGUCAGGUGCUAAAGAAGACAUUGAUCGGGUUAUUAUUAGAGCAGAGAAAAAAAAACUUUCUUUUUUUUCUUUAUCUUUUUUCUUUGUUGUUCCUGAAAAGCACUGCAAAACCCUGUAAGAUAGCUUCAGCCAAGUCUGUGUGCAGCCUGUCUGUUCUGUGUGCCUUUACUCAUUAUGAAUAACGGUUUAUUAUCGUGCAGCUUCGUUUCGUCGGGGAUCAGUUGUGAUUUUUGCGAUAUAUUCUUAAAUACAUAUAUUUAAAACGAAAAAUGAAAAAUCAACCACAAAAAAAUCUCUUAACUCUGAUUUAUGUCAUUUUAAGUCCAGAGCUUUGCUUUUUUUGUAAUUUUUUUUGUGAUUGAGUUCAAAAAGGUAUUAAUUAAUUAAGUGAUUAAUUCAAAAUGAGACUUUUAUUUCUGCCUCGAGUUGAUCCAGUGCUCUUUUUUGGGGAGACUUCUUGAGGUUUUUCUUUUCUUCUUUUUUUUUUUAUGUUUUGUGCAAAAAAUGUUCUUUUCUUUAUUUUCCUUUUUUUAUUGUAAACUGAAUGUCUUGUUUCUAGUGGUUAUUAAUCUUGUUACAGAAUUGUAUUCAUGUAUUAAACUCUUCUGUAAGUAAUAUUCUAAACAAUGGAAGACUUCAGUGGUUCUGGAUUUCACUCACAGGUUUAACGUUUCCCCGCCUCUCCCUCGGGUCUCACCUACACUGAAGGUGUUGAUAUUAAUCAUUCGGGGAAUCAUUCGUUAUAAUUGAAUAUUAAUCUAUUAAAGUAUGUUGCACCUUUUGAAAAUAAAAACGAAUUACCGAUUACAGGUUUGUCUUUGCUGCUUGACAGACAAGCCUUUUUUUUUCGUUUGUUUGUUUUUGUUUUUUAAUUACUACUAUUAUCGGGUAAUUUAGCAUCUGCCAAGUCAUGUAACCUAAAGACACCAGAAUAAACACUGUAUCCUAUA